CUGGUUGCUAUAGUUACAGAAAACAGCCGGCGUCUGUCUCAGGUAGGAUAGUUAUUCCCUUUCCGAGGCUAUAGCUGUCACUCCCACUCCCCAGAUCUUUUCUUCCAGGAUUCAUACCACUUUCCCUUCUGCUAAGGCCAGGUUGAAAUUCUCGCUCAGCCCAAGAUCCUGCUUCAUCCAGAGCCGGGUCCAGUCCCAUCUCCUAUCCCCAAGUCGAUGGUUGUGGCCCCCCUCUGAGCCUGUGACUAGGAACGGAUGCCUCGUUGAUCGCAUGAGCAAGAGUUGGGUACUUGUGCAAGGUCACAGUUACUCAGUAGGAAAGUCGUCAAUCUCCACGUCUGGGACUGUGGAUCUGGUUCAGUGAAGUGUUUCCACUGCGUGCGUGGGGCGCAAGGCCAAAGAAGACCAGAGAGACUUGACCAAGUGCUGACAUGGACCAGCCGUCCAGCGCAGUGAGAACCGUGAACAUUACUGUGACAAAUGGAUAUGACUUGAAAGGCUUCAAAGGAGACACCCCAGUUACUUUUGUCCGUGCAGAAUUCAAUCAGGCAGUUCUCGGAGACUCUUCAAAAAUCACUGUCUCUCCAGAAGGAACUGCAAAAUACAAUUUUACUUGCAACAUUGACCUCAACCCAGAUGGGGGAGUUACUGUAGAUGACCUCGCCCACAAACCGUUAUUCCUAACGGUGACUGAAGUUUUACCAAGGGAAAAGAAACAGAAAGAUGAGAAGACCUUAACUCUUGGCCAGGCUGUGGUGGAUCUUCUUCCUUUACUAGAAGGAGAGGAGUCAUUUGAAACGACGGUCCCAUUACACCCCGUGCAGGGGUCACCCUUGGAAACUACUUUGCCAGGCUCUAAGCCAUGCAGUCUUGAUGUGAAGGUAUUUGUGACAGAGCCCUUACUGACCCCAGCCCAGGUCGCAGCAAGCAAUCUCCUGAAGGUCACGCUGGAGGCGGCCUAUUCCGUGCCUGAGUCCUUCAUGCCAGUCGGGCCUCAGCAGAACUACAUGGUUGGUCUGCAAGUCCCGUCGGUCGGAGAGAAGGACUACUCUAUGAUAUUCAAGAACGGGAAUCUGAAGCUCGGCGGGGAAAGAGAGCCUGUUCCCAGGCCUAAAAAAUGGCCUAUCGCUAACAUUCUUGCUCCUGGAGCUAAUAACAUCCCUGACGAGUUCAUUGUUGGGGGGCCCUAUGAGGAAGAGGAAGGAGAACUCAACCACCCUGAGGACAGAGAAUUAAGGAACCAAGCCGAAUGCCUGAAGAAGAGGAUUGUCUGGGACCUGGAAAGUCGCUGCUUCCUCCAUCCCUCUGCUGUUGCAAGUUUUCAGAAGCGAAUUGCUGAUUGCCGACUCUGGCCCGUGGAGAUCACAAGAGUGCCUUUGAUCGUUGUACCCAAAGCCAAGCCAGGCAAACUUGAGAAGAUCGAAGAUGAAAACCAGCUGUCCUUUCACGGCGUGGCCUACGUCAACAUGGUCCCACUCCUGUAUCCCGGAGUGAAGAGGAUACGAGGGGCUUUUCAUGUGUACCCCUACCUGGACGGGACAGUCUUCGAGAAGACCAAGUGCUUGUUCAGCUUGUUCAGGGACACUGGGCACCAUUUGGUUCACAAUAACAAAGCAGGAGGACUUAACUCCCCGCUGUCCAAACCUCUCUCCAAGAAUCUGAAAGAAGAGAGAACAGGGAAAGACAAGGACAUAGACGGACGGCCUCGGCUGGGAGAGUUGCAAGCACCGAGUAUAAAAUCGCAGAGCUCGGACACCCCUCUGGAAAGCGAAGCGCCUCUAAGCCACAAUCUCGAAGGACAGCAAUACGUGGAGGCGGGGACGUACAUCGUCCUGGAGAUCCAGCUGGACAAAGCCCUGGUACCAAAGCGGAUGCCGGAGGAACUGGCCAGAAGGGUCAAGGAUAUGAUACCCCCGAGGCCACCUCUCACCCGUCGGACAGGGGGAGCUCAGAAGGCGGUGAGUGACUACCACUCGCAGAUCAAGAGCAUCUCUAGAGCCAUUCUGAAUGAGUACCACCGCAUGUUUGGGAAGCACCGGCCGAAAGAGGAGAGCGACAUAGACAAUGAGACCAUGGAGGAGCAGAAAUGCCAGCUCAACUAUGAGCUCAAUUGCUCUGGAAAGUACUUUGCUUUCAAAGAACAGCUCAAGCACGCUGUGGUAAAGAUCGUGAGAGAGAAAUACUUGAAGACAACAGCAUUCGAGAGCCAGGAGGAACUGCAGACGUUCAUCAGUGAACUUUAUGUGUUCUUGGUAGAUCAGAUGCAUGUGGCCCUGAACCAGGCCAUGCCAGAAGACGCCCCAAGCAGCACCUCAACGAUUCAGACGAGCAGUGAGCAGCUUCGGCUCUUCGCGUUCGAGGCAGAAGUCGACGAGAAGUUUGAAAUGGCAGCAGUGUAUUAUGAAGAGAGGUUGGUCCGGGAACCCCAGAACCUGGAAAACUGGCUGGAUUAUGGUUCUUUCUGCCUCCUCACUGAAGACAACAUCAAAGCACAGGAGUGCUUCCGGAAAGCCCUUUCUCUGAAUGAGAGUCACGUUCACAGCCUGUUGCUGUGCGGUGUCCUGGCUGUCUUGUUGGAGAACUAUGAGCAAGCAGAGAUCUUCUUUGAGGAUGCUACAUGCUUGGAACCUACCAAUGUCGUUGCCUGGACUUUACUCGGACUGUUCUACGAGAUUCAGAAUAACGACAUUCGGAUGGAAAUGGCGUUCCACGAGGCCUUCAAACAGCUCCAGGCACGAACCCUGCAGACAAAGCUGAAGAGCACGGCUACCGUCCAGAACAUUGAGGAAGGAGUGAAGACAGAGCCCAGCUUUGGCCCUUGGGGGAUCACACAGGAGUCCUCCACAGCCAUCAAGUCAGAAGGCCAAACAGGGAUAAGGCCCAGGACCUCACACCCGCUGAGUCCUCGCCCCACCGUGGAGCUGCAUCCUCAACCCCAAGGACCAAACACUGCUUUGUCCAGUCUAGACGAGUUUUUGGAAGAAUCAUCUAAGGCGCAGUCUGACUCACAAGAGCCAAUAAUCACUGUACAACCUCUGGAGUCCUCCCUUACACAGAAGUCAUCCAAUGCCCUGCUAAAGGAGCUGACAUCCAAAAAAGAAACAUCAAAAUGCCAAGAUUCAUCAGCCUUUUUCUCUCCUACCCACCAAGCUAUUCCCCAGCCCCCUGUGACGAUCUUCAUGGAGACCAUUCGCUUCUUGAUGAAGGUCAAUGCUGUCCAGUUCGUGCACCGAGUGCUGGCACAUGAGCUUCUGUGCCCUCAAGGAGGACCUAGUUGUGAGUAUUAUCUGGUUCUGGCCCAGACACACCUUCUCAAGAAGGACUUCGCCAAGACAGAGGAGUACCUGCAGCAGGCAGCACAGAUGGACUACCUGAACCCCAACGUCUGGGGUGUGAAGGGCCAUCUCUACUUCCUGAGUGGAAACCAUGCCGAGGCCAAAGAGUGCUACGAGAGAACUGUUAGCUUUGUGGUAGAUGCUUCUGAGAUGCACUUCAUCUUCCUGCGCCUGGGACACAUCUACCUGGAAGAGAAAGAGUUCUUCCAGAGGUCCUGCUCUGUCAAAUCUGAUCUGCACAGCUCUGGAAGCUGUGUCCAGAGCCCAAUCACCUUUUCUAAAAAUGCAAAGACAAAACCUUGUCUCAAAUCAGCAACCGGAAAAGCAACCAGAGAAAUAAUAUUAUCACAAAACUCAAAAUCACACCCGUUUUGAAAAUUGAAACAAUUUAAAAUAAAUGAAGUAAACUAAACAAUACUGUCUGAGCUAUUUUAGGCUUCUUUAAUCUGUCAUGUCAGGAAAUCAACCCAAAAUUCCCAUGGAGCCCACGUUAGAGGAAAUGAGCCUUCUGCAGAGCUCUACAUACAUCUAUCUGUUCCGCUCUACCGCGAGCGUCAGACUUCAACUCACUGACUACUUCUGUAGUAUAUGUCUGUAUGCACCCUGUCUGGUAUUAAAGACUUCUAUUUUUCCCUGUACUCGUUGUGAAUGGAGGGCAGAACUUCCCGAGUGACUCAGGCAAAAUCUGUAUUUUCUUCUUCUAACUAUAAAGACAAAUCACACUUCUAGUAAUGCCUGCUAAUAAGCCGGCAGCUUGUCAAACCAGGAUUUUAACCCAGAACUCCUGUAGCGCACACGUUAGCGAGAAUAUGAGCAUCCUGUGAGACUUACUAGAGCACUUUAUCUUUAUAGACAUCGGUCUGUUAAGCUCUGCCGGCACGUCAGACUUCUACUUCCACUCACUAUCAACAUCUAUAAUAUAUGUGCUAUGUAUGCACUAUCACAUCUAUAAUAUAUGUGCUAUGUGUGCACUAUCACAUCUAUAAUAUAUGUGCUAUGUAUGCACUAUCACAUCUAUAAUAUAUGUGUUAUGUAUGCACUAUCAACAUCUAUAAUACAUGUGCUAUAUCUGCACUAUCACAUCUAUAUGUGCUAUGUAUGCACUAUCACAUCUAUAAUAUAUGUGCUAUGUGUGCACUAUCACAUCUAUAAUAUAUGUGCUGUGUAUGCACUAUCACAUCUAUAAUAUAUGUGCUAUGUAUGCACUAUCAACAUCUAUAAUAUAUGUGCUAUGUAUGCACUAUCACAUCUAUAAUAUAUGUGCUAUGUAUGCACUAUCAACAUCUAUAAUAUAUGUGCUAUGUAUGCACUAUCAACAUCUAUAAUAUAUGUGCUAUGUAUGCACUAUCACAUCUAUAAUAUAUGUGCUAUGUGUGCACUAUCACAUCUAUAAUAUAUGUGCUGUGUAUGCACUAUCACAUCUAUAAUAUAUGUGCUAUGUGUGCACUAUCAACAUCUAUAAUAUAUGUGCUAUGUGUGCACUAUCAACAUCUAUAAUAUAUGUGCUAUGUGUGCACUAUCAACAUCUAUAAUAUAUGUGCUAUGUGUGCACUAUCAACAUCUAUAAUAUAUGUGCUAUGUGUGCACUAUCAACAUCUAUAAUAUAUGUGCUAUGUGUGCACUAUCACAUCUAUAAUAUAUGUGCUAUGUGUGCACUAUCAACAUCUAUAAUAUAUGUGCUAUGUGUGCACUCUGGUGCUACCACACUUCCUUUUUUUUUUUGGUAAUAGGAGAACAAACCACGUGGACCCACCUAAGAGUUGCCACUGUUCUGCCACAGGCGUUUUGACCCUGACUUGUCUUUGUCUCCCUUCCCUUUUCCACCCAUAAGUGGCGGUUGUGCACCGGAAGGCUAAUCCAGGUCAGAGAGAAAUCACAGCCCUACUGCAGUGAAGUAAAUCAGGACUCUCUUUCCAAUGUCAGUGCAAACUGCCAUCUUCAAGGCACUACUGACCUCGUGGUUACUAGGCAACCAGUUUUUAGGCUGAAACCUCAGGACCAGCUGCAGGUACUAGAGGAAAAAUAAGCCACCGGGUCCUACCUGUUUUGGAAGUUUCACUUUGGAAAGAGACGGGGGUCUUGCUGCAUGUGGUAGUGUGUGAGCUCAGGAGGCUUAGGUCACAAGAUUGCUCGAGCUCAGAACGCAUAAAACUGGGUGUGGUGGCACAUCCCCGAAAUUCCAGCUUUCAGGAGGUAGGCGUUAGAGAAUCAGCUGUUGAAGGGCAUCCUGGGCUACACAGCAAGGUCGAGGUCAGUCUGGGCUAUGAGACCCUGUCAUAUCCUCACCCACAGUAAACGGAAAGGAUGGUUAUUAUAAGACUGCCCUUGAACUUCUGGACUCAGAUCACCCUCAACUCUUAGAAACCGAGCAGCUAGAAAUAUGGGCAUUGCAUCUGGGUGAAAGCUUGAUUUUUGAAUUUUUCUCAAUGUCUUCUGUGGCACU